AUGGCCAGUAAGGAUGGUGGGCAGGCGUUUGCCCCGGUCCUGGCGGCCGUCGCAACUAUGCAAGGGAAUGUGACUAGGUCCGAGAAGGCCCAGGCGCACGAAUUUUUAGAAAAGUUUCAGAAAUCGGUCGAGGCAUGGACAACCACGCACGCUCUAUUACAAUCUCCUGAUGUGACGGUGGAGGCUAAAUUGUUCGCUGCGACUACAUUGAAAGGAAAGAUCGUUUUUGAUCUAGACCAAUUGCCCCCAGACUCUGUGGUGGCAUUGCGUGACUCUGUCCUCAAUCUCCUGGUUGCUUUCGCAUCGGGUCCGCGACCAAUUCAAACCCAGCUAUGCGUGUGUCUGGCAAGCUUGGCUAUACAAAUGCUUGGCUGGAAAGAUGUUCUAGCCACAGUGGGGUCGGCUCUAGGUAGCAGUGCUGGGGAUUGUGUUUUGGAGUUCCUAAAGAUUCUACCUGAGGAAGUGACAGAAGGUCGCAAGAUCAACCUCGGCGAAGAUGAGUUGAUUGAACGAACGAAGGAACUCUUGGAAGACAAUGCCGAGCAGGUUAUGCAGCUGUUGAUUCAGUAUGCUCAGUCGUCACCUGCCGCGGCCACCAACCCCCGUCUUCUCGACUGUAUCACUUCGUGGCUCCGUGAAAUCCCAGCCGCCCAAGUGAUCGAUUCACCUUUGAUGGACGUCAUCAUCAAGGCUCUUGACAAUGACAAUUCAUUUGACGCCGGUGUCGAUUGCAUGUGCACCUUGUACCGGGAUACGAAAGAUGUUCACGAGUCGCUGCCCAUCAUUCAAGCUCUUUAUCCGCGUCUCAUGGCGCUUCGCCCCAAAAUUGCCGAGACCGCCGAGGCUGAGGAUCUAGAAGCUUUCAAGGGUAUCACGCGAAUGUUCGCCGAGGCUGGCGAGGCUUGGGUCGUGCUCAUCGCCCGUAUGCCUGUCGAGUUCAGAGGUCUGGUGGAAGCUGUCCUGGAGUGCUGCGCGAGGGACUGGGAACGCGAGGCAGUCUCAAUCACCUUUAUCUUCUGGUACGAACUCAAGCAGUCGCUCACUAUCGAGCGGUAUAAUGAUGCUCGUGUGAACUAUGAGGACAUCUGGUCGCAGUUGAUGGAUAUCAUGGUCAAGCAUCUCGAAUUCCCUACCCCCGAGGAAGGCGAGACCGAUCUCUUUGGGGGCGACCGGGAGCAGGAGGAGAAAUUCCGCCAAUUCCGACAUGCGAUGGGUGACGUCCUCAAAGAUUGCUGCUCGGUCAUUGGUGUCACCGAAUGUCUCGGCAAGAUCUAUCACUUGAUCCAGCAGUGGGUAGGCAAGUAUGCGUCGCAGGCGACCAAUGAGCAUGUACCUCAUUGGCAGGAGCUCGAGGCGCCGCUUUUCGGUCUUCGUGCUAUGGGACGAAUGGUUGAUCCUGUCGAAACCACGGUGCUGGGUCAAUUGAUUCCUCUCAUUGUUCAGAUUCCUGAGCAAGAAAAAAUCCGUUUCCAAGCCAUCAUGGCUCUUGCCCGCUACACUGAAUGGACGUCUAUGCAUCCAGAGACGUUGGAGGCCCAGCUGAAUUAUGUCAUUUCGGGCUUCCAGCAUCCAUCUGCCGAGGUCGUACAGGCCGCGGCUUUGGCUUUCAAGUUCUUGGGAACUGACUGUCAAAAAUUGCUUGGGGGCCACAUCACUCAGCUGCACACGUUCUUUGAAUCUGUGCUCGAUAAAUUGAAGCCAACCAGCCAGGAGGAAGUGACUGAAGGAGUCGCGGCCGUGGUAUCCGUGCAACCCCUGGAGAAGAUCUACGAUUCGAUGAAGAUGUUCUGCGAUCCCAUCAUGCAACGGAUCAUGACCCUGGCUAACAACGCCCAAGAUGAAGAAGGUCAACGCGCCGUGGCCGAUCAUCUCGGAUUGAUCUCAAUCUUCGUUCAGGUGGUGACCCCAAUUGUUGCUCCUGGUGAAGAAAAUCCCGCCGUGAAAUAUUGUGGUGAAAUCUUGCCCAUCAUGACCACCAUUGUCAUGAAUUUCACUUCUUCGACCCCGAUCCUCGAGCGUGUCUGCCGCUGUUGGCGUAACAUGAUUAUCUCGUACCGAACAGCAAUGAUUCCACUUUUACCAACUCUUGCCGAAAGCAUUGCAAAUGGAUUCCAGGCUUCACGCGAAGGUGGCUUCCUCUGGGCUACUGACGCUGUGGUGCGCGAGUUCUCGCAUGGUGCCGAGUACGUCGACGAGGCCACCAGCAAUGCCGUUUUCCAUUUCUAUGAACAGCAAGCGACCGCAUUUCUCCGUAUCAUGAACGAUUUGCCGCCAGAGAAUUUGCCUGAUGUUAUCGAGGACUUCUUCCGUCUCUCUUCCGAUGCCGUUCGCUACUACCCCAAGAAGUGCAUUUCCUCGGAACUGGCCGUGCCCAUUUUCUCAGCAGCCCUUAGUGCUCUCACCCUUCAGCAGGUCGACCCUCUUAUUGCCACUCUCCACUAUUAUCGGGACCUUUUCAGCUUCGCCUUCGAGAAACCCCUGGUUUCCGAGUUCACUAGCCCAGACGAGGAACCAUAUGUGAACCCACCGGAGGUGCGAGAGGCCGUCAAGAGUCUCAUAGCUUCUCAAGGUCAACUGCUUUCGCAGCGUGUUCUAGCCGGCAUGAUCUUCACCUUCCCUGGUGAUUGUUUCCCCGACGCGUCAGCUAUCAUGAUGACCAUGUUCGAAUUGCUCCCCCAUGAGACAGGUGCCUGGCUCCAAAACACAUUGCAGAUGCUUCCCCCUGGAUCAAUGAAGCCAGCCGAAGCGGAGCGCUUGAUGAAAAGCAUUGCCGAAAAAGUGCAAACUGGUGAAAUCCGGAAGAUCCGGGUCUUACUUCAAGACUUCACCAACUCAUACCGCCGUCGCAACGUUGCUCCUCGCGACGGACUCGGCCGCCUGGAGGCAACGCGUUUCCGCUUCAGCGGAUGA